CUGGGCCCCUGUGGCUCGGCCCCAUCCCUGCGGUGUGUUUGGGGGUGUCUGUCUGACCAUAGCCCCCCCCUGCCGUCAGGUGUCCUGCCCCCAGGCCGAGAGCAGCGUGAAGCCCACAGCCGAGGAGAUGACGUCCAAGGAUUAUUACUUCGACUCCUACGCCCACUUCGGCAUCCACGAGGAGAUGCUGAAGGACGAGGUUCGCACUCUGACCUACAGAAACUCCAUGUUCCACAACCGGCACCUCUUCAAGGACAAGGUGGUUCUGGACGUGGGCAGCGGCACCGGGAUUCUCUGCAUGUUCGCGGCCAAGGCGGGUGCCAAGCGGGUCAUCGGGGUGAGU